ACACGUCGCUCCAUACACCCUUACUGCAGCCAGAGAUACCAUAUCAGUGUUUGCAGACCACGACUAGUCGUAAAUAGGGCAAUGAGGACCAGCCAGGCAGUGAAAUAUUGUUUGUUUAUAUCCUGCUAUAUUUUUUGGGUGGCCAGUGGAUUAAUGAUUGCAGUGGGACUCUAUGCUAAACUCUGCAAAGAAACAGGUGUUGUAGAAUCCCUUACAGCGGACCCUGCCAUCAUAUUAAUCGUAGUGGGAACACUCAUGAGUGUCAUAACCUUUCUCGGAUGUAUGGGAGCCUUGAGAGACUUGCUCUUACUGCUUAAAAUUUUUGCCAGCAUGUUAGUCCUAGUUAUGUUUCUUCAGUUUGUGGCAGCUGUUCUUGGUUUUAUUUUCUCUGGAAUGGUUUUAGAAAAAGCCACUUCUGUAAUGUCGCGGGCGAUUAUUCAUUAUCGAGAAGAUUUGGAUUUGCAAAACUUUAUUGAUUUUAUACAGAAAAAGUUUGAAUGCUGUGGAGUUGAAAACUACCAAAACUGGUCCUUGAAUAUUUACUUCUCCUGUAAAGACACCAACCCAAGUCAAGAGAAGUGUGGGGUGCCAUACUCAUGUUGCGUCAAGGAAGAAAGACAGAGCGUUAUUAAUACAAUGUGCGGGUAUAAUACUCAAAACCUUAGGAGCUGGCAUGUGGAAGAUCGCAUCUAUGUGGAGGGCUGCUUACAUAAGAUUGUCAGCUGGGGUCGGGGGAACCUGUUGUUCCUUGGAGGUAUUGCAAUGGGAUUGAUCCUUCUAGAGCUUUUGGGGACCUUUUUAUCUGUAGUUCUGAUUUAUCAAAUAAAUGUCAUAAAUGAGAGAACACAAACAACUACUGUGGUGAGAACUGCGAUACACAGCGAAGAAGAGAACAAGAUUAUUCUGCACAUGGGACAAAUUCAGAAUGUGGAAAAUGCAGAAUUAGUAAGAAGACCCUUUUCUCCUCAGAGGUGUCAGCAAACUCCAUUCUAAACUUGUAGCCUGGUAAACUUUAUUAUAACCUGGUAGAAGAAAAACUGUAGGAUUUUUGUUUUAUGUUCUUUUAUUUUGUUGGGUGAGGAGUGCAUGUUAUUCUUAUGUAAUCCAACUCAACUCUUGCUUUUACGGGGAGUAUGGUUUUAAUAUGUGGUUUUGAUAUACUGCCUCUACAGGCAUGUAUGCUAACUAGAUGCGACUGUGGCAGUAUUACUGUAAUAACUGGUGAGGGUGCUAAAUGAAGAAGAAGAACACAGGUUUUCAUUGUUCAGUUCACACACCAGAAUCAUACAAGCUGUGAGUGAGACCUACAGUAAACCACUUCGCAAAAUACCUCAAAACACUGUGAUCAUGCCUAAAACAUGUAUAUGCGCCUACGCAAAUUUGUAGCUUUAGAGGUAGGAAGAGCGAGGGGAGGGGGUGAACAGGGCCGGACUGGCCCACCCCCCGUUUAGCCUUACUACCCCCUCCCCCCCACCACCACCACCACCACCACCACACCUCUAGGGAUCAGGUUCUAGAUUGUGCACUUGAAUUAUAUUUUAUACAUGUGUUACAUUAUACUGCACAGGACUAUGGUAUAUUUUCUACAGAGCAUUUCUGUUAUUAAUCUGGUAUAUUAUAAUGCUUGUACUAGCAGUAUUUACUAAAUAUAUUUAUCAAGGGGCCCAGACCAUGCACUCACUAAUGGUUAGCCAAGUCUCUAAGCAAGGGCCCCUGCCCCUGCAUUCCGACGGUGGGAUCUUCAUGCCCCAGUCCGACACUGGGGGUGACUAACGUUGGCCAAGUACAUAGGCACAGAAACACAAAUAUGCUUGACCAAGGCAUGUCAUUUGCAAGGGCCUGAGGACAGGCCUAAGCACAUAAAGAGGAUGAUGACAGUUACUGCUGAUUGUAUACACACACAGUAUGUAUAUUUAAAAACCAAUGGACGGAUGAUCACAUUAAUUAUGUGCCAAUGUUUCGGAGGUCGCACACCCCUUUGUCAAGAUGCAAAAAAAAAAAGUAUAUACACACACACACAUAUAUAUAUAUAUUUAUAUACAGAUGUAAAGAACACAACAUAUGAAACUCUAGUGUGUGGUUUUUUACUACCUAAUCUAGCCUGCCGUCAGUGAUGUGAAAUAUCAUGGGCUGCUGCUGCUGCACGGGGAAUUUCCUUACCAGUGCCUCUGCUCCUCCUUCCCUCCCAUACACAUUAGACACGUCGUCACAAGAUCAUGACGUGACAACGUCAGAUCCCCGGUGCCCAAGCACAGCCACAUAGAGAGAGCAAGUAAGGGGAUGAGCUGAGAGAGCGGCCCCUCCUCCCCCUCCAGCUGGGCCGUCUGUGUCCGCAAUAGAGGAAGAACUUAGAUUAGAAUCAGGUACAGACAGCACUACUAAGUCUGGGGGAGGAGUUGAGAGAAGAGGGGAGGAGAAGGGAUAGAGUGGCCCCUCUUCCUGCUCCAGCCGGGACCUGGACACUUAUUGACUGUGCUAUCCGGCAGCAGCUGCGCUACUGUGCAGACUCCGGAGCACUGGUGGUGUGCAGUUCACUGGCGGCGGCAUAUAACGAGUCAAUGUGACUCAUUAUAAUGUCAGCUGUGUACCCCUUCGCUGCGGUGGGACCCAGUGCAAUGUACUGGCAGCACCGCCGGUAGUUCUGCCACUGUGCAGCUGUUUAGUGAAGGCAUUUUAUGCCUGUGCUUUGAGGCCUGAGUCUGAGCCACACACAAUGCCUUAGUUGACCAAUUAUUUACAACAGUGAAAAUUUCAAAGGUGCUGUUGUGAUCAGUGCAGGCGGCGUUAGGAAUGUAGUGGAAAAGGCAUAGAAGUUCCUGGGCAAUGACUGGGAGGUGGCUAGUAGUGCAUGCAGAAAUGGACCGUUUAGUAUGCGUAUUAUGGAAGUAUCUGGGGCAAUUCAAUGCAUUCACAUCCAUAAGCAUAGGAACCCGUGGUCAGACAGAGAACUGUCAUAGAGCUGGUGGUAUAUGUUUUGAAAAUACGACCGAUGAUGGUGUAUAGGGAUGCACCAAUCGGUAUUACAGAGUACACGGACGUCUUAAUCCAGGCACAUUCGCCCACACAUGAAUGUACGCAAGGAAAGGAAUUUGUAGCGCCAUUUGCAUGAACUCACAUACAGGCGACUGCCAAUAGACACUGAUGCUUGCGCUUUUGCGUGCGACUCAGGCCUUUGGGGACAAUUCAGCAUCAGCUGUGCAAUGCACAAUAUGGAUUUCACUGGAUGUGGAGCUAAACUCUCAGCGGAAUACUGUUUUAUACAUAAUUUUUAUAUACUUUAUUAUUAUGUAACAAAUAUAUGUUUAAUUCAUAAUUAUUUUAGGGUUUUGUUUGCAAACGGAAAUUUACUUAAUAAUAAUAAUAAUAUUAUUGACUAUCAGAUAAUACAGGUACCAGGUUUCUCAGUGAGCACAAACUUGGUAAAUUGAAUUUAUUUAUUUUAUCUUUGCUCUGUCCUCAACAUGACU